AUGAUCUGGCUGUUGCCCUUGGUUCAUCUUGUUCUGGCCUCCGGGGCAUCAGGCCUGAAUGUCGAGCUCAGUAGCCACCAGGAUCAAUCCCACAGCAGAAGGGCGCACACGGAAAUCAUCUACUUGGAAGCACGCGAUGAAGCAGAAAAGGAGCGGAAGGCGCUGCCAGCAACGGUCCUGACCAGCGCCGUGUCGGACCUCGGGGACCUUCGUCGAAUCUGGGACUUCUACACGCCCGACUACAACUGCCCGUUCCUGAAGGAGCGCGUGGGCCGCCUGGGGGACGGCGGCAAGUGGGUCUGCGGCCUGCGCUACCUGUUGCAGACCCGCCCCUGCCUCGUCUAUAGCCUCGGCAGUGCAGGAGACGCCUCCUUCGAGGAGCAGCUUCUGAGCCGAACCCCCUGCGAUGUGCACACCUUCGACCCCAACCUGAGCGCGGAGACGCAGGCUCAGAUGCAGGCCAGUCUCCCCGACCUCAACUACCACGCAGUUGGCCUCGGCCGCAGCAGCGGGCCGUUCAAGUCUCUCAGCGACCGGGGCAUGCACAGCUUUGAAGAGGUCAUGGCAGCGCUCGGCCAUGCAUGGGUGGAUGUGCUCAAAGUGGACAUAGAAGGCCACGAGUGGGACCUGUUUCUGGACUUCUAUGACAAUCCGGAUGCGCGCCUGCCGGUCACGCAGCUGCUUGUCGAGUUCCACUGGCCCGGCAGCGCCGACAAGGUUUGGAAGGUAUUGGAUGUGCUACUGGCGGACAAGUACCGGAUCUUCUCAGUGGAGCCCAAUUACUACUGUGAUGAUGCGCAUGUGCAGUGUCUACUUUAUACUGACAUAUCUUUAGCGCCGUGA